AUGACUUUUGAAGUGAAUACUUCGGUUCUUAGUCGAGUAGAUGGGUCAGCCGAGUUGUCUGUAGGAACAACCAAAGUAAUAACAUCCGUAACAGGACCUAUAGAACCAAAAAUAAGACAAGAGUUACCUAAUUUGGCUAGUUUAGAAAUCAUAGUUAGGCCAUCGUUAGGCGUCUCAACUACAAGAGAAAAGGCAUUGGAAGACAAGUUGAGAUCAAUCUUACAAUCAAUAAUUAUAAGGUAUAAAUAUCCAAGACAAUUAAUUCAAAUAGUGGUGCAAUUUUUGAUAACAGAAAAUAAUAUUAACGAUAACGGUUCCAAUCAACAUAAUAAAGAUUUCACUCUGACUGAGCUUAAUGCAGCUAUAAAUUGUUGUUAUUUUGCCUUGAUAGAUGCUAAUAUAGCGUUAUAUAAUUCAUUUUCGUCGACAUCAAUAUGCAUACCAUUGGAUACAAAGAAAGAGAAUUAUAUUUUCAAUCCUAAUAUGAACGACUUGAUUGUGUCCGAGUCACACCAUGUCAUAUGUUUUUCGAUUAAAGACAGUAAGGCAGCGAACUUGUUGUUAUUAGAAUCGCAUGGUAAGUUUUCAGAAGAUCAACUACUUCUCGCUAUUAGAAAAGCAGGUGAUGAAUGUGAGUCGAUUCAUAAUACGUACCAAAGAAAAUGUAUUGCAAAUAAGGUGGAGAAUGAUUUUAUUUGGAAGUCAUAA